AGACACCACUUGAUUCGUUGACUUUGCAUGCCAAACGGACGGAAAAUAAUCCUUCACUUGGCGGGCCCAACAUCGUACCCUACCAGUUUGAAUUCAAAAAAAAUCAACGAAAAUUACAACGUUACGAUUCCGUACCUUAGCUUCGGAACCCAAACCUAACUCCGAACCAAACCAAAUUACACUGAACCAACGCCAAAAACACCGUUCCAUUCCAACUUCACAAACAACACUGCUCCUAAAUUCUCUUUUUCUUUAGCAAGAGACCCACUUGGCCACUUCACAAAAAGUUCCUUUUUUCUCUCCUGUUUCUUCAGCUUCAGUGUGUAUUUUCGGUUUCUUGAAGAAAAAUGCUAACUUGAGUGAUCAUUUUCAUUGUCAACUCUGCAUAGCAAAUUGGGGUUCUUGAUUUUCUCCUCUUCUUCUUCUUGUCGUUGUUUGAUUGUUGAUGAUCAUUAUGGAUAAUUGUUCAAGAAGCGGGGUUCAUGAUUUCAACAUGGCUUCAAGAAAAGCUGAAGAAGCAGCUUGGAGACGUUACGAGGCAACUCAAUGGCUAGAAAGCCAAGUGGGUCCUCUUGGAAUAUCUAACCAACCCACAGAGAGACAACUUGUUUCUUGCUUGAGAAAUGGUCUCAUUCUUUGCAAGACCAUUAACAAGAUUCAUCCAGGAGCAGUACCAAAGGUUGUGGAUACUCCUCAAGUGCCAUUACAAUCACUUACAUGGGAUUCCCAGCCUUUACCUGCUUACCAGUAUUUCGAAAAUGUCCGCAACUUUCUUGUUGCUGCUCAAGAACUAAAGCUUCCAGCUUUUGAAGCUUCUGAUCUUGAAAGGGAAAGUGUAGAGAAUGGGUCAGCAGGAAAAAUUGUUGAUUGCAUUCUAUCACUUAAAUGGUUUCAUGAGUCGAAGCAGACGAACUAUCAGAGUGGAUCCAGCAAACACAUGAAAUCUCCUUUAGUUAUGCAAUCAGUCAGUAGGUUGCAUCCAAGAGCCACAGCUGCAUUACCCUCGGAUGCAUGCAGACACUUGGAUUUGUCUGCAACAUCGGAAAAAACGCCUCCUGCUGGAAGUAAUUUUCAUAAACGAGAAGAAACUGUGGAAUCACUUUCUAAGAUACUAGUUGACCUUAUGCUUGAUGCCAAAGAAAAUAUUGAUGGAAAAGUUGUUGCUUCUCUUCGCAAUGGGGAUAUGGAUCCAAUGAACCUAUUUAAUCAGAUUUUGACUAGUUGUUGUAGGGAACAGGUAUCUAUGAAGUUACCUGAGUUGCCUUUGCUACUAAAGAAUUUUAUAAAAGAAGGGAGUAGCUUACCACCUCAUUUCACUUCCAAACCCACAGAAUCAAAUGCUUUCUCUGCAUCUGAAAAAUCCAAGUGUUGCAGAGCAUGCCCUGGAAUGUGCACUUGCAAUCAGAAGCAUCUCAUAGACAUGCAGGAAAAAGAGCUUCAGGAUCUCAAGGCUUUGAAGUUCAAAAUUAUGAAUGAGUUUCAAGAGAUGCAAUCACAGUGUCAGAGAUUUUUCAAUGAUAUAGGAAUUCACAUAAAUGAUAUAUCAACCAAAGCUCUUGGCUAUUACAAAGUAGUAGAAGAGAACAGAAAACUAUACAACAUGGUCCAAGAUUUGAAAGGUAAUAUUCGAGUUUACUGCAGAAUCAGACCUACAUUCGAGGCUGACUCCAAGAACGUUGUUGAUUUCAUUGGGGAAGACGGUUCUCUAUUCAUUUUAGAUCCAUCAAAAGCACUAAAAGAUGGAAGAAAACUUUUUCAGUUUAAUCGGAUUUUUGGUCCAACAGCUGGCCAAGAUGAGGUUUAUAGAGACACUCAACCAUUAAUUAGAUCGGUAAUGGAUGGAUACAAUGUUUGUAUUUUUGCUUACGGUCAAACAGGAUCUGGGAAGACUCACACCAUGAGUGGUCCUUCAAGUGGAACAUCCAAGGAUAUGGGGAUCAACUAUCUGGCUCUUAAUGAUUUGUUUCAAAUGUCUAAUGAAAGGAAGGACAAUAUAAAGUAUGACAUUUCUGUUCAAAUGGUUGAGAUUUACAAUGAACAAGUAAGAGACUUACUUGCAGAGGACAAAACAGAAAACAAAUUAGAGAUUCGGAGCUGCAAUGAUGAUGGAAUGAGCCUUCCCGAUGCAAGAUUGCGGUCAGUGAAGUCUACGACUGAUGUUAUGACCCUCAUGAAACUUGGCGAGUUUAACCGUGCUGUCAGUUCUACUGCAAUCAACAAUAGGAGUAGUCGUUCCCACAGUGUACUCACAGUGCACAUUAAUGGCAAAGAUACAUCCGGCAACUCCAUUCGCAGUUGCCUUCAUUUAGUAGACCUUGCUGGAAGUGAAAGAGUAGACAAGUCUGAAGUCACAGGAGAUAGACUAAAGGAAGCACUAUAUAUCAACAAGUCUCUUUCGUGUUUGGGAGAUGUGAUCAUGGCACUUGCACAGAAGAAUUCUCACAUUCCUUACCGGAACAGCAAACUCACACUUCUUUUGCAGGAUUCCUUAGGUGGACAUGCUAAAACAUUGAUGUUUGCGCAUGUGAGUCCCGAAGCGGAUUCCUUUGGUGAAACAGUGAGUACUCUAAAGUUUGCUCAAAGAGUUUCCACUGUGGAACUAGGGGCAGCCCGGAUGAACAAAGAAAGCAGCGAGGUUAUGCAACUUAAAGCACAGGUUGAGAACCUUAAGAUUGCAUUGGCAAACAAGGAAAGUUCAAAACCAAUGUUCAAUAGAACUAAAGAACCUCACACUCCAUUAGAAAAAACACCAUUACGCCCUCGAAGACUUAGCAUCGAGAAUUGCAGCGCGGUAAAGACUGAAAAUUCAGUGAAUGUUCAGGAUAGAAGUGGAGCCAAAUCACCUUCUUUCAUACCCCGUUCAAGAAGACUAAGCUUGGAAGGUCCAAGAACCAUAAAAAAAGACGGUCUACAACAGAAAGCAUCAGCUGAAGUAAGCAAAACUUUACAUUAUGAGCCGAUGUCUCAACAGAAAUAUCGUCCGCAACAAGAUCCGGAAGCAGUGCCAAUGCUAAAUGGCCAAUUGAGCAAUGUCAAAGCUCCUCCAAGCCCUACAAACAUCUAUCAGAACCGUUCAAGAAGACUAAGCUUGGAAGGUCCAAGAACCAUAAAAAAAGACGGUCUACAACACAAAGCAUCAGCUGAAGUAAGCAAAACUUUACAGUAUGAGCCGAUGUCUCAACAGAAAUAUCGUCCGCAACAAGAGCCGGAAGCAGUGCCAAUGCUAAAUGGCCAAUUGAGCAAUGUCAAAGCUCCUCCAAGCCCUACAAACAUCUAUCAGAACCGUUCAAGAAGACUAAGCUUGGAAGGUCCAAGAACCAUAAAAAAAGACGGUCUACAACACAAAGCAUCAGCUGAAGUAAGCAAAACUUUACAGUAUGAGCCGAUGUCUCAACAGAAAUAUCGUCCGCAACAAGAGCCGGAAGCAGUGCCAAUGCUAAAUGGCCAAUUGAGCAAUGUCAAAGCUCCUCCAAGCCCUACAAACAUCUAUCAGAAGAGGUUGAUAAAAGUUGAUGGUGGUGUCCAAAUUCACCCUCUUAAACUACCUCAAACACCUGAACCACAAUUGCUAGAUAAAAAUGAUUCACACAUAAUUGUACCAAGUGAUCUUGCUGAUUCCCUUGCAGCAAAGGUGACAAGUAGCACAAAUGGAAAAGGGUCGCAGUUUAGAAGAUCGUUGAGAACAAUUGGGAAACUGAUUAAUGGCUCUGAAAAGAGGAGCCAACAAAUUAUGGUUGAAGUGAAGUCACCUAUCAAGGGAAGCAGCCAUGCAAGUCCGAUAAUAUCACCAAUACCAGCUGGUGAGAGAACAAAAAGGAGGCGAUCUUUAACAGGAAUUCAAUCAUCCGGGCCUAAUUCACGAAGAUCUUCUCUUGGAGGGAAGCCGGCCCCAGUAACAUAUGAGAAGGAGAGAAAUGCUAGAACACCUCCUCCUGUUCAUCCAGAAACCAAGACUUCAAAAAGGUGGCUAUAGAUGACAAGUGCUUUGACUUUAAGCAUGCCAACAAGGCUGAACUUGACUCUAGUUAAUUUAGGACAAGCUCCAAAUUUUUUGGAGCUUUUGUUUUCACAUCAACAAAGAUGCCUUUGUUUCUUUUUUUAGUGGCAGGGAGAUAGAUUUGAAGUAAAAAAUUGCAAAGAUGGCAAGAGAGUCGGUGUAGAUACAAGAUACUAGAUAUAAAAAAAUAUCAAGGAAGAUACAAAAUUGAAAUUUUUUCAAGUUUGUAUUUUAGCAUGUUGCAUGGUUGUUUAGUAAUAUUUCUCAAUGCACACUCUAAAUUUUUUUGGGUUGAAAAUACAAUGGAUACUGAAAAUUGGACUUCUGUGCAAGCCUUGUGCCAAUAUUAAAGAGUGUAUUUUUCCA